AUGUCUCAUUUUAUACCAUGCCAUAAAUGUAAUGAUGCAUCACAUGUAGCAUAUUUGUUUGUGAAUCAUGUGCUUAAAUUGCAUGGAGUUCCUAGAACUAUUGCUAGUGAUAAGGAUUCUAAAUUCCUUAGUCAUUUUUGGAAGAGUCUACGGGGUGCACUUGGCACCAUGCUUUUGUUCUCUACUUCUUGCCACCCUCAAACGGAUGGGCAACCCGAAGUAGUCAAUAGGACUCUUCGAAGCAUGCUUAGGUGUAUGAUUAGGAAAAAGCCUACUUCUUGGGAGGAUUGUGUGCCUUUAAUAGAAUUUGCUUAUAAUAGUUCUCUUCACACUUCUAUUGGCAUGGCCCCAUUUGAAGUUUGCUAUGAAGGAAAGAAGGUUCAUUUUCGGAAGGAAAUAUUUCCUCAAUUGAGGAAAGGGAAGUUGAGCCCAAGAGGAGAUGGUCCUUUCAAAUUCCUUGAAAAGAUCAAUAACAAUGCCUACAAGAUCGACUUACCAAGUGAUUAUAAUGUUCACAAUGUUUUCAAUGUAAGUGAUCUUUCCCCUUGUGUUGUAGGUGAGCCUUUAGAUUCAAGGACGAAUGUUCUCCCAGAAGGGGAGUAUGAUAUGACCCCACCUAGUUCAAAGCCAUUCACUAGGAGUCAAGCAAGAGAGCUCCAAGGGAUGCAAGCCAUAUUCAUGAAGAAAGGAGCCUUGGAAGAGCUUGGAGAGAAGAUGGACAAAGCUUACAAUGUUUGGGAAAUAGCUUGGGAAGGCCUAGAAGACCAAGGGAUGACCUCCUCUCAAAGUGGCUAG